AUGCCCGGAAAAUUGAAAUAUAUUGAAUUAGAUAAUUUUAAAUCAUAUAAAGGAAAGCAAUUAAUCGGUCCUUUUAAAAAUUUUACGGCCAUCAUCGGUCCCAAUGGAACAGGAAAAUCCAAUUUGAUGGAUGCCAUAAGUUUUGUCCUGGGUGAGAAGACCAGUAACUUGCGAGUGAAAAAACUCAGUGACUUAAUACACGGUGCUCCGGUGGGCAAGCCAGCUGCCAACAGAGCCUCAGUGACGGCUGUGUAUGAGGAGGCAGAUAGAAGGGAGAAACAGUUCAGUAGAGUCAUCCACGGGUCAACAUCUGAGUACCUCAUCAAUGGAAGGACUGUCAAGGUGGAGGAGUAUGCAGAGGCACUGGAGAAGAUUGGAGUGCUGAUGAAGUCCAAGAACUUUCUGGUGUUCCAAGGCCAGGUGGAGUCGAUUGCCAUGAAGAACGCCAAGGAGAGGACGGUUAUGUUCGAGGAGAUGAGCAGAUCCAUAGAGUUGCAGAAGGAAUAUGAUGUAGCAAAAACUGAGAUGCAGAAAGCAGAGGAGGAAACACAAGCCAACUACCACAAGAAAAGGAACAUUGCUGCUGAGAAGAAGGAAGCAAAAAUGGAGAAGGAAGAAGCCGAGCGUUAUCAAAGAUUAAAUAACCAACUGGCUGAACAUGAGCUAGAGAUGCAGCUCUUUCAGCUGUACCACAACGAGCGAGAAAUAAGCGAACUGACGAAAGAUUUCGAGAGAAAAAAUGAAUCAUUAAAGAAGGAAACAACUGCCCAAUCUAAAACAGAGGAUGAACUGAAGGAGAAAAAGAAGGAUCAUGCCAAAUUCAUUCGAGAUAUCUCAAAAAUGGAACAACAAUACAAGGACCUGGAGGUAGAACUGAACAAAAAACGACCUCAGUUUAUUAAAGCCAAAGAAAAAACUGCCCAUCUUAUGAAGAAAUUAGAAUCGGCCAGACGUUCGCUGAAGGUGGCACAGAAAGCCAACGACGGCCAUGAAAAUGAAAUAAUGCAACUGGAAAAGGAGUUGAACGUCGUCGAGCAGAAGAGGCUGGAGUAUGAGGAGCAGGUGGAGGAGGAGUCGCAGUCACAGGGGAGGAACAUGCAGUUGGAAGAAUCUCAGGUGAAGGAAUAUCAUAGAUUGAAGGAGGCAGCUGGUAAGAAGGCAGCUGCCUUGCUGCAAGAGCUGGAUUCCAUCAAUAGAGUUCAGAAGAUGGACCAGGACAAGUUGGACAAUGAGAUGAGGAAGAAGAGUGAGAUCGAGGCGCACAUCAAACAGAAAGAACAUGAGAUGCACGAGUCACAACUGAGGACUGAAAAACUUGAAGAGUACAUCAAGUCAAGUAAGCAGGCCAUUGAAGAACAGAAAAAAUUAGAGCAAACAUUAUCAGCUGAUGUUGAGGUUGCACAGACAAGGAUCCAUGAGAUACAAUCUGAACUUGAGAAAGUCAUGGACCAAUUAGGUGAAGCUAAAGUCGACAAGCAUGAAUCUGCCAGGGCUCUAAAGAAGGCUGAACUGAUUGAAACGUUGAAAAGAUUGUUCCCUGGUGUGCACGGCAGGUUGAUAGAUUUGUGUGAGCCUAGCCACAAAAAGUAUCAGGUCGCCAUUACAAAAGUGCUAGGCAAGUACAUGGAUGCAAUUGCAUGUGACUCUGAGAAGACAGCCAAAGAUUGCAUCCAGUACAUGAAGGAGCAGAGGAUUGAACCUGAAACGUUCCUACCACUUGACUACGUGGAAGUUAGACCUGUUAAUGAGAAGUUGAGAGAUAUAAAGGAGCCAAAGAAUGUGAAGUUAGUAGUAGAUGUCAUUCGAUACGACCCACCAUGUAUCAAGAAGGCCUUGCUAUUUGCUUGUGGUAAUGCACUCGUGUGUGAAACUGUGGAAGAUGCCAGGAAGGUGGCUUUCAAUCUGACUGAGAGGCAUAAGGCAGUGUCACUGGAUGGAACAUUGUUUCAGAAGUCUGGGGUGAUCAGUGGAGGAGCCAGUGACCUGAAGAUGAAGGCUCGCAGAUGGGAUGAAAAGAUGCUGAACCAGCUGAAGUCAAGAAAGGAGAAGCUGACUGAAGAGAUGAAGGAACAGAUGAAGCAGAAGAGAAAAGAAUCUGAAUUGAACACCAUCAGAUCACAGAUCAAAGGCCUCGAGACGAGACUUAAAUAUUCCAUUUCUGAUAGAGAUAACACACAAAACCGUUCUAUACAACAACUGGAGAAAGACAUUGAAAACUUCAAACUGAAACAGGAGACUCUCGAGCCUGAGAUUGAGGCCAUACAGAAAAGUAUGUCGGAUCGAAAGGUCAAGUUGAAGGCAGUCAAAGGUAAGAUGGACAGAGUGGAGGAUGAGAUAUUUCAAGAGUUCUGUGAAGAAAUUGGUGUUGAAAAUAUCAGGCAGUACGAAGAGAGGGAGCUGCAGGUGCAAGAGGAGAGGGCACAGAAGAGGAUGGAGUUUGAGAAUCAGAAGAUGAGAUUGGUCAAUCAACUGGAGUUUGAAAAGUCUCGAGACACCAUGAUGAAUGUUCAAAAGUGGAAGGAAGCUGUUGCAGAGGACGAGAAGGAAUUGGAGAAGUUGAAGAAGGAGGAAGAGAAACAAAUGAAGGAAAUUGAUGAAGAGAUGCAACAACAGGAGAACCUGAAGCAGACGAAACUGGCCGUCAAAUCGGAAGCAGAUGACAUCGAGGUCGAGUUGAACGCCAUUCGAAAAAAAUUAUCCUCCCAACAGAAGGAUGUCGCCAGCACUCAAAAGGCUAUUACGGCUCUGGAAACUAAAAUGGAACAAAAGAAAAAUGAUAGGCACGGAAUGUUGAAAACAUGUAAGAUGGAGGGCAUCCAUCUACCUCUGAAGAGAGGUUCCAUGGACGACAUUGUCAGUGUGGAGACUUCAGCCAAUCAGACUCAAGAUGGGGGUGGGGAUAGGAUGAGUCAGGGCGACACGCAAGCCCUCUACGCCAGGGAGGCCCGCAUACAAAUCGACUAUGCAAAACUUUCAGAGGAAUAUAAAGAGAUAUCAGGUCAUGAUGAAUACAAGAAAUGCUUGGAUCAGUUGUACAAGCAGAUAUCAGACAUGCAGUCGACCAUACAAAGGAUAGCUGCUCCUAACAUGAAAGCCCUGGAAAAGCUAGAGAAUGUGAAAGCCAAAGCUCAAGAGACGAUGGACGAAUUUGAAACAGCCCGUCGUAAGGCUAAGAAGUGCAAGCAGACGUUUGAGAAGAUCAGGAAGGAAAGAUUUGAUAGGUUCAUGAACUGCUUUGAGCAUGUCUCCAACAAAAUCGAUGAUGUCUAUAAGGCCCUCUCAAAGAAUCAGAGUGCCCAGGCCUUCCUAGGUCCAGAGAAUGCAGAAGAACCGUACCUUGAUGGUGUGAACUACAAUUGCGUGGCACCUGGCAAGAGAUUCAGACCUAUGGAUAAUCUCUCCGGGGGUGAGAAAACUGUGGCCGCCCUUGCCCUCCUAUUUGCCAUUCAUAGUUAUCAACCAGCACCGUUCUUUGUACUGGAUGAAGUUGAUGCCGCCCUUGAUAACACUAACAUUAACAAGGUCGCCAGUUACAUAAAGGAAGAGUCGGAUAAAAAUUUCCAAUGCAUCGUCAUCUCUUUGAAGGAGGGUUUUUACAAUUGGGCCGACGCUCUCAUUGGAAUUUACCCCGAGAUUGACAACUGCGUGGUCAGCAAGGUGCUAACCAUGGACCUGACGGAGUAUGAGGAUGCCGACAGACCAGAGAGUCCGCACAACUUCAUCUCCUCAUUCAGGAGAUUCUCUGAUAUCUGAUUUCUAUGAAAAUAAUAUUUGUCUCCCUUCUUUUUAUUUAUUUUUUUGAAUCGCUGUUGUAAUAUUCUUCAAUUAAAUGUUUUUUUUAUUGUGAUUAUUUUUGUUUAAUAUUUGGUAAGUUGUUUAAGUUAGUGACAAUGAAUUUAGUGCAAGCACGUGUGAUGUGAGGGUACGUGCCGUGCUAUGAAAUGUUAAAAAUUUGUUUCAAUUUUCGGUUCUUAUCAACGGACAAGUUUAGAUUUCAUCAAACAAUCGACAGUUUUAUAUUUUUUAUUUCAAUUUUCGUGUUUGUUUUUGUUCAUUUUGGACUGUUUUGAAAAAGUUUAAAUUAACGUAAAUAAAAACCAGUGAACAUCUAA